GCACCAGCCUGACAGGAAUGUUGUGUUGACCUUUUAGGAUAAAUUUAAUUAUUUUUUAUUUUUUAUUAAAUUUAAGUCCAUGGUGACGUCUAAACGUAGUGAUUAUAUUCUCUUUGGUGACGUCUUUAAUUAUUAAGUAGUAAGUAGUAUGGAAUUGUUAAUUAUUCAACAAGAUUGAACAACUCACAAACUGGUUCUCAAUAAGUUAAGAAGUCUGAGCAAAAGUCAAAUUUUACUAGGAAACCGUUCAGGACUCACUGUAAAAAGAACACUAACCCAUAAUGCGUGAUUGCAAGUGUCGAUUAAUGCUGCUUAAAUUAUUUUUCUUACUUCACGCGUUAUCUUAUUACAUUAUUUCUGCAGGGGAUGUUGGUGAUAAGUGUAAGCCAAACGAUAAUGAAUCUAAUGGAAAGUGUGUGUUAAUAACAGACUGCAGCAUUGCCUUAAUAGAGAUUAAACUCAAAAACUUCCAUAAGUUUAAAAGAUGUGGAUUUAAAGGCCUAAUGGAAAUUGUUUGUUGUCCACAAAUAUCCACAGAUAAAUUUGGGGAUAUAGAAAUAAAAGCUGAGAGAGUGGCUGAUCGAGAAUGCAAGAAAAUAGUUGGAAAUAGUAUACCGCCUCUUGAUUUACACAUAAUUGGUGGUGAAGCAGCAUCGCUUGGAGAGUUUCCUCACAUGGUAAGUAUAUUUUUAUAUGGUAAGCUUUAUUUAUACUUUAUAGAAAAACAGUGAUUCUGUGAUAUAAAAAGAAUUACAUUUUUUAAUAUUGCAAUUUUCUUUCAAGUAACCAAAAAUUGUGUUACAGCUUUGGCACCCUCGUGGGCGCUGUUUGGACGGGUAAAAUGUGUACUCAUCCGACGUCUGCAUUUGUUUUGAGACAGAAAUGUAAAUAAAGUGAUUAAAUAAAUACUAUAGUAUACUAUUUAAUUUACAGGUGGCACUUGGAUAUGAAAAACCCGAAGGUUAUGACUUUCUGUGCGGCGGAACUUUACUGUCUGAUAGUUAUGUCAUUACAGCUGCUCAUUGUGUGGACACCAUAGACCAAAUUCGACCAACCAUAGUGCGUAUGGGUGUCGUGGAAUUAGAAGAUAGCAAACGCAACAACGAGUCGGACGUGGACGUAUCAGAAAUAAUAACACAACCAAAGUACACCAGGCGUCAAAAAUAUCAUGACUUAGCUCUAUUAAGGUUAGCUAAACCGAUCGAAUUCUCAAGCAACCUUAAUCCAGUAUGUCUGUACACAAGUCUUAACGAUCCGAAGAUACCACUUACUGUCACAGGCUGGGGAAAGACCAGUAGUACAAGAAGUAUUCGCAGCAAUAUACUGUUGAAAGCGAACGUUACGGUUGUGGCGCGAGAGAAUUGCACCAAAUCGUAUACCUCAUGGCGCAAGCUGCCGGACGGUAUAUCUGACGACCAGCUAUGUGCUGGUGACCCGCAAGGCCUGAAAGAUACUUGCCAGGUGACGACUGUUUAUCCAAUGGUCAAAAUGGAGUCUGUGUCUUAAUCAGCGAUUGCGAGGUUGCAAUAAGGGCCAUAACUAAGAAACAUUUCCAUCAUCUUCAAAGGUGUGGGUUCCAGGGCACCACAGAGAUAGUUUGCUGUCCGCAUUCAUCGGAAAUUACGACUACUCCAGUCUAUCGGCCUACACUUGGACCGCGAGAAGGCGUACAAAGUUUGAGAGUCGCUGACAGAGAAUGUAAGAAAUUAGUUGACACAAUUAAUCCACCUUCUGGAGUAUACAUUCUCGGUGGCGAAAUUGCAGCAGACGGAGAAUUUCCGCACAUGGUUGCACUCGGUUAUAGAAUUUCAGAAGCCUAUGUUUUUCGAUGUGGUGGUUCGCUAAUAUCAGAUAGAUAUGUUUUAACGGCCGUCCAUUGUGUUAAUACUAUAGAUCGUAUACAACCUAACAUGGUUCGCGUUGGAGUUGUAAAUAUAACUGGCAACAACUGGAACGAUGCCACGGACAUUGAAAUAGAGCGCAUUUACGUACACCCGGACUAUGCGAGACCACGGAAGUAUCAUGACUUGGCACUGCUCAGAUUAGUUAAAAGAGUUCCGUUUUCUCGGAACGUUUUCCCGACAUGUUUGUAUACCGGCGAAGCCGACCCCACUGUACCACUCACAGUUACCGGUUGGGGAAUAACUGAUAUAACGCGAGCUGCUACUAGCAGCUUGUUACUAAAGGCAACACUGAAUAUAGUGUCACAAGAUAGUUGCAACCUCAAGUAUUCAAAAUCACGCAAGUUGCCCAACGGCAUUGUAAAUGAGCAGCUAUGCGCCAGAGACGUGUCAGGAGUUAUGGACACUUGUCAGGGAGACUCGGGUGGUCCCUUGCAAGGACUGACUGGAUUAGACGGCCACUACAGACUGGUGGGCGUGACUUCGUUUGGGAGUGGUUGCGGCUCACCUGUGCCCGGAGUGUACACUCGUGUCUCCAAGUACCUCGACUGGAUUGAGAGUACUGUAUGGUCUGCAGCCUGAGAUCACAUUCUCUUCUGUGUUAUUAUUCACACAUGUUUAAUAAAAUUAUAAUUUUUUCC